AUGGGCGGUCCUGCUGCAGUGUCGACUGACAACGGUCAGGGGUAUGCGCAUCUCAUCGACAAGUCGAGACCAUGGUGGAAGAAUACGCGGCUCAUCAAGCUGAACUUGUGCAUCCUGCUCUUGCUUAUCACCUCGACGACGAACGGAUACGACGGUAGUAUGAUGAACGGAUUGCAGUCACUUCCUCAGUGGAACGUUGCGUUCAACUACCCGACUGGUGGCAAGCUCGGGCUCCUCAGUGCGAUACAAAACAUCGGGUGUCUAGCAGCGUAUCCGUUCUCGCCGUAUAUGUCCGAUGGCCUGGGCCGUCGUGCAGCGGUGCUCUUUGGUGCAGUCAUCAUGUGCAUUGCGACGGUCCUCCAAACAGCGUCGCACUCCGUAGGCAUGUUCAUUGGAGCACGCUUCCUGAUCGGCUUCGGACUUACAUUCGCGGCCGCUGCGGCUCCGGUGCUCGUUACGGAGGUCGCAUACCCUACCCAUCGCGCACCCGCAACCUCAUUGUAUAACACAUUAUGGUUCUUGGGAAGUAUCAUCGCUGCUUGGACGACAUUCGGCACAUUUCACGUCCCCACGAGUUGGUCUUGGCGUAUUCCGUCCGCCAUCCAGGCUCUUCCCUCAGUCAUCCAAGUUCUUCUUGUUUGGUUCAUUCCAGAGUCGCCGCGUUGGCUGUGCUCGAAGGGCCGCGAGGAAGAAGCGCUCAGGACUCUGGCUUACUACCACGCAAAUGGAAAUCGCAACGAUCCACUUGUAGAGUACGAAUUCGAGGAGAUCCGUGCUGCCAUUCAAUUCGACAAGGAGAUUGCAGCAAACGUCGGUUGGUCAAGUCUCAUCAAGACCCCGGGGAACAGACGUCGCCUGAGGAUCAUGAUCGCGAUUGCGUUCUUCUCGCAAUGGUCUGGGAACAAUCUCAUCUCGUACUACAUGAAUAAGAUCUUCAUUUCCAUUGGCAUCACCGAUCCGAACACUCAGCUGCUCAUUAAUGGGUGUCUGAACAUCUAUAACUUCAUCAUCGCCAUCGUUGCUGGGCUCCUUUGCGACAAGAUUGGUCGGCGCCCAUUGUUCAUCGCUUCGACCAUCGGCAUGUUUGUGUUUUGGGUGCUGCAAACUGUUUGUUUCGCGUUGUACUCCGAGACAGGAAAUAUCGCUGCUGCCCACACUUUCAUCGCCAUGAUCUUCCUCUUCUACGCCUUUUAUGACAUCGCCUUCACGCCGCUUAUUGUAUCCUACACGGUCGAGAUUUUGCCAUUCGCCCUUCGCGCGAAGGGCUUUACUGUGUUCAACUUCUCGCUCACGUUAUCAUUGAUCUUCAACCAGUACAUCAACCCGAUCGCAUUGGCCAAACUCGGAUGGAAGUACUAUCUUGUUUACGUAUGCUGGCUCGCAUUCGAGAUCGGCUUCAUCUGGCGCUAUCUGAUCGAGACCAAGAACCGCACGUUAGAGGAGACCGCUGCCUUGUUCGACGGCGACGACAACGUAGAGAUGCUCACGCAGCAUGCAGCCGUGAAUGCCGGCGUGACCAUCUCGGACCGGCGUUCAGAUAGGGAGAAGGCCCCGUCGGAAGAUAUCAUCGAGGAAGUCAAAAUUUGAAUGCAAGCCGCUCUCGUCAAUUUCUGGAGUUCGAAAACGAGACAUUGUUCAUUUUGCAGCUACGCUUACUGUCUUUCCUGGAGACACGUCAAGUUCUGUACUUGUAUCUCUGUCAUCGAAUGAAGGCUCUGCACUCAACGCAAUUG